AUGGCUCUCGAGGCGGAGGAUAUGACCGUGGACCAUCUCAGGGAGGUGCUCGAUGGCAUGGUUUGCAGGAACUCCACCAGCCCUAUUACCUUGCCAGAGCAACCGCCUGGCUCUUUCAACCCGGUCAACUUCCCCUGUGCGGACUUGCUCCACACAGACAACGCGAGCGUGCACCUCUUCGAUGUCAUCUUCAACUACCGCAAGGAGAUUGACUUUACCGUGUUGGAGCGCGAGUACAAGCGAGCCAUUGAAAAUGAAGAUCUGGACCUUAUUUCUGCACCCUUCGGCUUGCAGAAGAAAGUGGGCAAGGAUGUAAAACUCCAGAUGGUCAUCCUGAAAGCAUUGGAUGGAUCUUAUACCAUUUGGAAGCACUUCAUCUUCCCCCAGAAAUGCAAGGCCCCUCUCUUCAUGAAGCUCGGCUUCGGAGUUGCCAAGCGCGCCAUCUGGAUGCAGGAGCCCAAGCUCGGCAGAAAGAUCGUGCAGUACUGCGUUGAGACCAUGGGUGGUCGGCAGUUCAAGUGUGCGGAGCUGUCGAGCAACGCCAUCGUGAAGUCCAAGACUGCCUUGGUUGACCGCGCUCUUCGGAACUUGGCUUCGGAUGGCGCUUUGGCCCGCAAGGAGUUCGAUUGGCCCAUCCCCUUGACGACCAAGUAUUACCAUUCCUGGCUCUUGGAGAUCAUGGAGGAGAUAUGGGACUUGGAUCUCUCAGCCUUCACCAUGCUGGGGGAGGCGGGCGCGGGAAAGAGCCCGUUGGGUAGGAGCGUCCUGAUGGCACAGGUGCGCCGCAACAAGGCGCGCUUCAACUUGUCGGGUCAGCCUUGUAUCCGCUCUACGCCGGAGAUCGACUUUCUUCGUGGCGAACAGGGGUCCGUGCUCAUGGGCGAUUUCCUGGAUGACACAUCCUUGCACAUGCUCCCGAUGAAGUUGCUCAAGGCAUUCUAUGAGAGCAUGUGUUGGGCUCGAUGGGGUGCGACAAAAUGGGUUCAAAACGAACCUCGUGCCGUCGCAGAUAACACGUAUGAUGAUGGUGUUUCCGAGGAGCCUGCGUAUGCCAACACCGUCAGCUUCGAGACUUUCUUCAAGCUCAUGCGCCCCAGCAUUGUGGAAAGUGCCACUCUCGCCCACAUGGAUGCUGUCUUCAAGAGAACUUGCAUCUUGCUCAAUACGAAGACUCACGUCUACUACAGGAAGGCGGGCAUCAACACCGAGGCAGAGAUCACAGAUGACUUCGUCGAGGAGGUGAAGAAGGAGCAGCUGUGGGUGGAGGCGGUCAUGCACAAGCGCUUCGCAGAGAGGAGUCGCAGCAAGGAGGAUGAAGAGGAAGAUGCCAAGCGCAAUCGGAUUCGGGAGCAAGCUUUCGGAGAGAGGCCAGCGGCGGUUCCUUCGGUGACUCAGCAAAUGCAAGACAAGCAGAAGCGUGCCCUUGAGAAGUCUGCAGUGUCGGUCAAGAAGGAGAAGUUUGAGAUGGAGCAGGAGGGGGUCUUCAAGAAAGCUAAGACAUGGAGCUUGAAUAUGCAGUCUUCUGGCAGCGUGAUCGACUUGGACUCUUCCCCGCAGAAAGUCGUGUCACCUUCACCUGUUGCCCCAGACCACGCUCAGCCAAAGGAAGCAACCAGAGCAGCAAGCUCCUUGUUGUGCAGCCAAGAAUCCAUAGAGAUGGACCAAGCAGCUGAGGAGAUGGAUGAGGCCUGGCUUCAUCCUGCUGGCUGCGGUGCUUCGAACGAGACCUACUCGGAGGUGUGCCUUUGCAAUUCUCUUCGCAGCCUUGGGUGCCCCAUUUCUUACGACAAGAAUGGCCCGUUCACUGCGGCUGAUGGAUGUGAGAUGUUGGCCCCCUUAGGUGCCACUUUGAAGUUAGUGUCUACAAACAGCAAGCUGCAGCCAGGCAAGUUUAUCGUGCUGGACACAACAAGAAUCCAUUUCUUCGCUGUCAUCAACGCGAACGGGAAGGUGCAGAAAGUCGACGAUGGCACGCAUGCGUACAUCUCGGCGGAUGUCUUUGCGGAGUUCAUGAAGAGUCCGAUGUACCAUGUUUUCAAGCUGACCUUCAUGUGCGCUGGUGCCUCAAGCCUAUGCCCUGCUUUUCAUAUUCCCGGUGGCGCGCUCUCCAAGCCUGUGUACAGCACACACAUGAAGAGUUGCUCGUGUGGACACAAGGCUUUGUCCAAAGCUCAUGACAUCGAGGCGGUCGUCUAUUCCAUGAGUGGUCCAUAUGAUGCAAUCGUCCGGACUAUGCGCUGCACAGCUUGGGGUUGCAGGAAGACCUACGGCCCCAAUUUUGUCAAUGUCGAUGGAUGCAAACUGAACACCGCCAACCCGCAGGACAUUCAGAAGGUCUUGUUCGUGAACGUGAAGCGUGGCUUCAGCUUGGAGUACUUGCAGUACCACACCCAGCUUGAGUUCCGUGCAUUUGUUUCAUCCAGAGCCAUCCAGGAUGUGCACGAGAAUGUCUACGGCACCGUGGAUGAUACGGACUUCACUCGCUUCCGGAAGGUUGCGCCGCACCCAGGCAAGCCCCGCAAGAAUGGAAAGGGCAAGCCGUACGGGCACGGGUGGUUCAUGAUCGUCGACCCCAAGAACUUGCAAGUGCUUUCGGUUUCCUGCAUGAGCAAGCCAGAGAACAACGAAGUUGUGAAGGACUCACUGUUGAAGAUCUUGCCCAUGUACAAGAAGGUUAACUGCUUCGUGCUGGAUCGGAACUGCGCCUUCAUGCCGCAAGCCCUGGAGGUGAAAGAAUUCAAGCAGGUGAAGUAUUGGACCAUCGACUGCUUCCAUGCCACUGGGCACAAGAAGACAUGCAAGUGCAACCCUCUGCAUGUGCCGCGGUUGGCCAAGCGGUUGAAGCACGUGAACACGUCUGCGGCAGAGCAAGUGUUCGCGUGGUUUCGGAACUACGCACGUGUGCUGAACGAAUCCUCUCCUCUCCGGCACGCCUUCAAGGUGCUCUACUACUGCAAGAUGCAUAACCAAGCGAUCCGCAACAAGAAGGCCACGUACAUCAACCAGCACGGCCAGCAGAAGCGCAAGCGUGUGGCCAAGCCCUAUCAGUGCUCCUCCGUCUACAAGAAACCGUCCGCCAAGUGA